UUACUCUGAGUAGAGCGACCGCAAGGCCUCCUUUAAAAAUACCAGUUCUGAGCUUCGGCAUUGGAGAGGCCGCCUGUCAUUGAGCCUCUUCAGACCCUCUCUCACUCCCUGUCUUCCGGAGCGUGAGUGAAGCCCGGGUGAGGUGUUUUCCCGCACGCCGGGGGCCCGGAGCUGAGAGGGGGCAUGGCCAGCAUCACGCAGCUGUUCGACGACCUGUGUGAGGCCCUCCUGCCGGCUGCCAAGACUCACCUGGGCCAGCGCAGUGUGAACCGGAAGAGGGCAAAGCGGAGCCUCAAGAAGGUGGCCUACAAUGCUCUUUUCACAAAUCUUUUUCAAGAUGACACUCAACAGCUGCAGCCUGACAUGUCCAAACUACCAGCGAGAAACAAGAUCCUCAUGUUGUCCUUUGACUUGAGAGUGGGUGGCCUGGGCCCCAAGGCCGACCGUUUGGAGGAGCUUGUGGAGGAGCUUGAAGCAGCCCCUUGCUGUCCGCUUUUGGAGGUGGGGUCUGUUUUGGACCUCCUGGUUCAGCUGGCAGGGAGUGGUCCCCCUCAAGUUCUGCCGAGAAAACGAGACUACUUCCUUAACAACAAGCAUGUGGGGAGAAACGUUCCGUACAGCGGCUAUGAUUGCGACGACCUGAGUGUGUUUGAGAUGGACGUUCAGUCUCUCAUCUCCAGAGAAGAGUGUUUGUGUCACACCAUGAUCCAGGAAACACUUCAGGUUAUGGAGGCUGCUCCAGGCACUGGCCUGCCCACCGUCGGGCUCUUCUCAUUUGGUGACCCUUGUGGUGACAGGUUCGAGAGAGACACCCGGGUCUCGCUCUUCGGGGCCCUUGUGCACAGCCGCACUUAUGACAUGGACGUCCGACUGGGCCUGCCCCCCGUGCCAGACAAUGCGGACCUCUCUGGGCUGGCUAUUAAGGUCCCACCGAGUGUGGAUCAGUGGGAAGACGAAGGAUUCCAGUCAGCGUCCAACUUGACUCCUGAUUCCCAGUCUGAGCCCAGCGUGACCCCAGACGUGGACCUGUGGGAAGCCGCACUCACCUAUGAGGCCAGCAAGCGGAGGUGCUGGGAGCGAGUCGGCUGCCCCCCUGGCCACAGAGAGGAACCUUACCUGACGGAGGCGGGAAGGGACGCUUUCGACAAGUUCUGCAGGCUCCGCCAAGGGGAGCUCCAGCUGCUUGCCGGGGGCGUCCUACAGGCCCCGCAGCCCGUGCUGGUGAAGGAGUGCGAGCUGGUGAAAGACGUGCUGAACGUCUUGAUUGGGGUCGUGUCUGCCACGUUUUCCCUCUGCCAGCCGGCCCAGGCCUUUGUGGUGAAGCGGGGCGUCCACGUGUCAGGAGCGUCUCCCGAGAGCAUCAGCAGCCUGCUCUCGGAAGUGGCCGAGUAUGGGACCUGCUACACGCGCCUGAGUCAUUUCUCUCUGCAGCCCGUCCUGGACUCUUUGUACAGCAAGGGCCUCGUGUUCCAGGCCUUCACCAGUGGCCUGAGGAGGUACCUGCAGUAUUACCGGGCCUGCGUCCUUUCCACUCCGCCCACCCUGAGCCUCCUCACCAUUGGUUUUCUCUUCAAGAAACUUGGCCGGCAGCUCAGGUGCCAUCAGAGAAGGAAGAGUGAGGAGCUGGGCGUUGGGAGCAGUGGGAGAGGCGACCUUCCAGGCCGAGGAGCAGAGUGUGGAAGCGCGGAGGAGACCCAAGGGCUGAGACACUGUGGGGCAGGGGAGCUGGGCUGUGAAGGGUACCUGGCCGAGCUCUGUGGUGUUGGCGCUGUGCUCCCGGGCACCUGUGGAGGAGGCCCCAGGGCCGCGUUUCCCACCGGCGUGAAGCUGCUGUCCUACCUCUACCAGGAGGCUCUGCACAACUGCAGCAAUGAGCACUACCCUGUACUGCUGUCCCUGCUGAAGACCAGCUGCGAGCCCUACACCCGGUUCAUCCACGACUGGGUGUACAGCGGGGUGUUCAGAGACGCUUAUGGCGAGUUCAUGAUUCAGGUGAACCAUGAGUACCUCAGCUUCCGAGAUAAGUCGUACUGGACACAUGGCUACGUGCUCAUCUCCAAAGAGGUGGAGGACUGUGUUCCCGUGUUUCUGAAGCACAUUGCCCACGACAUAUACGUCUGCGGAAAGACCAUUAACCUGCUGAAGCUCUGCUGCCCUCGGCAUUACCUCUGUUGGUCCGACGUCCCUGUCCCCCGGAUCUCGGUGAUUUUCUCCCUUGAGGAGUUGAAGGAGAUUGAGAAGGACUGUGCCGUCUACGUUGGGCGCAUGGAGAGGGUGGCCCGCCACAGCUCUGUCAGCAAGGAGGAGAAGGAAUUACGUAUGGAAAUUGCAAAACAAGAAUUAAUCGCUCAUGCCCGGGAAGCAGCAUCCAGGGUCCUGAGUGCACUGAGUGACCGGCAGAUGUCAGAACGGAUGGCCUUGGAUGCCCGGAAGCGUGAGCAGUUUCAGAGGCUGAAAGAACAAUUUGUGAAGGACCAGGAGCGACGCCAGGCGGCCAGGCAGGAGGAGCUGGAUGAUGACUUCAGCUACGCCCGUGAACUCCGAGACAGGGAGAGAAGGCUGAAGUCCCUGGAGGAGGAGCUGGAGAGGAAGGCGAGGCAGGCACUGGUCGACCACUACAGCAAGCUCUCUGCAGAGGCAGCUCGUCGGGAGCAGAAGGCACUGUGGAGAAUCCAGAGGCACCGACUGGAGAGUGCACGGCUUCGUUUUCUCUUAGAAGAUGAGAAACACAUUCAGGAGAUGCUGAAAGCAGUGUCUGAGGCUCACCAGCCCCAGGAGCCGCCAGACGUCCUCUUGAGCGUGCACCCCCAGGUCACGUCUCCGGGCCCUGAGCACCCAGAGGGAGGCCAAGGCUGUGAUUCUGGGUCUGCAGAGCAACACUCGCCUGCCUGGGAUGGCCGGAACAGGCCAGGCCUGCUGACCGCACAGCCCCUUAAGCCUCUAGCAGUGGGGGCUGGUGGCACGGGGCUGCAGCAGGCGGAGGAGGCCAGACCCUUCUCUGACAGCCUCAGCAUUGGAGACUUCCUACCUGUGGGCCCAGGGGCUGAGCCAUCCGUGCAGACUGGCAUGGUCCCUCUCCUGGAGGUGGCGCUGCAGACCAUUAACUUGGACCUGCCCCCCUCAGCUCCUGGGGAGGCACCCGCAGCAGCCAGCACUCAGCCCUCCAGGCCACAGGAGUACGACUUUAGUACUGUCCUGAGGCCAGCUGUGGCCACCUCACCUGCACCAGGGCCCCUGCAGGCUGCAGAGUGCAGCUUGGGCAGCUCAGGGCUACAGCUGUGGGAGGACAGUUGUGGGAAGAUGGAUGCCUGUGGCUCCGCCUCGCGGGAGACUCUGCUCCCCUCACACCCACCCAGGCGUGCUGCUCUGGAGGAGGGGAGCAGCCAGCCCACAGAGCGGCUCUUUGGGCAGGUGUCAGGGGGUGGUCUUCCCACAGGGGACUACGCUUCUGAAAUAGCUCCCACCUGGCCACGGUGGAACACCCAUGGGCACGUGUCUGACGCCAGCAUCAGGGUUGGGGAGAAUGUGUCAGAUGUGGCUCCCACCCGGCCACGGUGGAACACCCACGGACACGUGUCCAAUGCCAGCAUCAGCUUAGGGGAGUCUGUGUCAGAUAUGGCUCCCACUCGGCCACGGUGGAACAUCCAUGGACAUGUGUCCAACGCCAGCAUCAGGGUCGGGGAGAAUGUGUCAGAUGUGGCUCCCACCAGGCCACGGUGGAAUACCCACGGGCACGUGUCCAACGCCAGCAUCAGGGUUGGGGAGAACGUGUCGGACGUGGCUCCCACCCGGCCACGGUGGAACACCCAUGGACACGUGUCCGAUGCCAGCAUCAGCUUGGGGGAGUCUGUGUCAGACGUGGCUCCCGCCCGGCCACGGUGGAACACCCAUGGACACGUGUCUGAUGCCAGCAUCAGCUUGGGGGAGUCUGUGUCAGACAUGGCUCCCACCCGGCCACGGUGGAACACCCACAGACAUGUGUCUGACACCAGCAUCAGGUUUGGGGAGAACGUAUCGGACGUGACUCCCAUCCGGUCACGGUGCAACACCCAUGGACACGUGUCUGACGCCAGCAUCAGCUUGGGGGAGCCUGUGUCGGAUGUGGUUUCCACCCGGCCACGGUGGAACACCCAUGUACCCAUCCCUCUGCCCCACAUGGCGCUGGGGGCUCUCUCACCAGAAGCUGAGCCCAACACACCCAGGCCCCAACAGAGCCCCCCUGGCCACACGUCCCAGUCAGCGCUCAGCCUGGGAGCACAGAGCACUGUGCUGGACUGUGGGCCACGGCUGCCUGUAGAAGUGGGGCCAUCUCUGUCCUCCCCCAGCUCAGGCUGCGGGGAGGGGAGCAUCAGCGUGGGGGAGAACGUGUCGGACGUGGCUCCCACCCAGCCAUGGUGGCCCAACACGCCGGGAGACAGUGUCUCUGAAGAACUAGGUCAGAGUAGGGUGGCUGGUGGUCAGGAGUGGGGCUGUGGGACGCACAGAGCCUGGGAGGUAGGCGGGCAGUGGGGUUGGUGGCAUGUGAAGUUCCCCUCAGGCCUCCUUGUCAGCCAGGACCUGGGCUGCUGUGGGGGACAUGGGAGGGGCUGCUUGAGCCAGGGCCGGCUCGGCUCUGCUCUGUACCCUCCACAGGCACUCGGCCCUGAUGCCCUCGUGUCCACUUGUGUCCACACAGGCCCUGGGAGGAGCGGGGACACUGAGGACCUCUCUCCAAAUUGGCCUCUCAACUCACAGGAAGACACAGCUGCCCAGAGCAGCCCAGGCCAUGGUGAGGAGGCGGAGGCAUCGGCGGCGGAGGCUCAGGGUGGGGAGCAGGCCUACCUGGCAGGCCUGGCAGGGCAGUACCACUUGGAGCGGUACCCGGACAGUUACGAGUCCAUGUCCGAGCCGCCCAUUGCUCAUCUUUUGCGCCCCGUGCUUCCCCGGGCCUUCACCUUCCCCGUGGACCCCCAGGUCCAGUCUGCCGCUGAUGAGACUGCUGUGCAGCUGAGCGAGUUGCUGACGCUGCCCGUGCUCAUGAAGCGCUCCAUCACGGCACCGCUGGCCGCCCACAUCUCCUUGGUGAACAAGGCCGCUGUCGACUACUUCUUCGUGGAGCUGCACCUGGAGGCGCACUAUGAGGCACUGCGGCACUUCCUGCUGAUGGAGGACGGCGAGUUCGCCCAGUCCCUUAGCGACCUGCUCUUUGAGAAGCUUGGAGCUGGGCAAACGCCCGGAGAGCUGCUCAACCCGCUGGUGCUGAACUCUGUGCUGAGCAAGGCCCUGCAGUGCAGCCUGCAUGGGGACACCCCGCACGCCUCCAACCUCUCCCUCGCUCUCAAGUACCUGCCCGAGGUGUUUGCCCCCAACGCCCCGGAUGUGCUGAGCUGCCUGGAGCUCAGGUACAAGGUGGACUGGCCUCUCAACAUUGUCAUCACCGAGGGCUGCCUGAGCAAGUACAGCGGCGUUUUCUCCUUCCUGCUGCAGCUGAAGCUCAUGAUGUGGGCGCUCAAGGACAUCUGCUUCCACCUCAAGCGCACAGCCCUGCUGAGCCACAUGGCCGGCUCUGUGCAGUUCCGUCAGCUGCAGCUGUUCAAGCACGAGAUGCAGCAUUUCGUGAAGGUCAUCCAGGGCUACAUCGCCAACCAGAUCCUGCACGUCACCUGGUGCGAGUUCAGGGCCAGGCUGGCCACCGUGGGCGACCUGGAGGAGAUCCAGCGUGCGCACGCAGAGUACCUGCACAAGGCCGUCUUCAGGGGCCUGCUCACGGAGAAGGCGGCGCCCGUCAUGAACGUCAUCCACAGCAUCUUCAGCCUCGUGCUCAAGUUCCGCAGCCAGCUCAUCUCCCAGGCCUGGGGGCCCGCUGGGGGCCCGCGGGGUGCAGAACACCCCAACUUUGCACUCAUGCAGCAGUCCUACAACACCUUCAAGUACUACUCCCACUUUCUCUUCAAAGUGGUGACCAAGCUGGUGAACCGCGGCUACCAGCCCCACCUGGAGGACUUUCUGCUGCGCAUCAACUUCAACAACUACUACCAGGACGCCUGAGGCUGCUCUGCGGGGGACGUGCACAAUAAAGGUGUUCUCGGA